AUGUCAUUAAAAAGAGAAAAACAAGUGAGGAUGUUAAGUGAUUUGGAUACAAUUAAAACAUGUGAUUUUCUUGCAAAUGAACUGUUUAAAUAUUUACAAAAAAAUUGUUAUUUAUCAUUUUUUGAUGACAAUAUGGAUGUUAAAAGACAAAUUGAUGAAAUCACUGAACGAAAUGAUGGAUCUGUUGUAAGUGAAUAUAAAGAAUUAUUUACUAAUCUUAUUGAAGCGUAUGGAGAAGGAACUCCAACAGCAGCAGUUGCACAAAUGUGUCUUGAUUCAGUGAAAGAAUUUGAAAUUCAAUAUAUUAUGCCUGAUGAUAAUAGUAAAGAAAGAAGAAGAGAAGGAAGAGGUCUUCUUGAUGGAGAAACGACAUUAAAAAAGAAGAAGAUUGAAAAUCUCAUUGGGAAAUUUGCAAAACGUAUUAUUAUGGAAGAUAAAUACAAAACUCUUGAUGACCUUAAAAGUGAAAAAACAUUUUUGAUUAAUAGAAAAGAUGAGAUAGAAAAAGAGAUUGCAAAAUUAACAGAAGAACUUAAAGAUUCAAUUGAACUUAUCUCACCUGAACCAAUAGAUAAAAUUGAACGAAAAGAUUUUAAAGACCCAUUCUUUUUUAAAAAGAAUAAAAUAAAAAAGAGUAAAAAGGUUGAUGACAGUUCAUCUUUUCAACCACCACCUAUAAAUUCAGCAUUAUUGGAUACUUCAACUUUUAGAACUUAA